AGGACAUCCGGCCCGGCUUCUGUGUUGGAAAUUGGGUCUGUCCGCCCGUCGUCGGUUUAGUAGAUUGUUUCCCCGGAGUCCUGGCCCGCAAGUUGGAUUUGCUGCAGCCGCGGGCCGGUCUCACGCUGCUCCCUGCCCCUCUGCCCCCGGAGUGAGCCCGGCCUCCCCGCGAGGGAAGAGGAGUAAAAUGCCUAAAAAGAAGACUGGUGCGAGGAAGAAGGCAGAGAACCGCCGGGAACGUGAGAAACAGCUCAGGGCAUCGAGGAGCACCAUAGAUUUAGCUAAACACCCAUGCAAUGCGUCAAUGGAAUGUGACAAGUGUCAGAGGCGGCAGAAGAAUAGAGCAUUUUGCUAUUUUUGCAAUUCUGUACAGAAGUUACCGAUUUGUGCACAAUGUGGGAAAACCAAGUGCAUGAUGAAGUCUUCGGACUGUGUCAUAAAGCAUGCUGGUGUGUAUAGCACUGGCCUUGCGAUGGUGGGUGCAAUAUGUGACUUCUGUGAAGCCUGGGUCUGCCAUGGGCGGAAAUGUCUCAGUACACAUGCCUGUGCCUGUCCUCUCACUGACGCUGAGUGCGUGGAAUGUGAACGCGGUGUCUGGGACCAUGGAGGCAGGAUAUUCAGUUGUUCUUUUUGUCACAAUUUUCUCUGUGAAGAUGAUCAAUUUGAACAUCAAGCCAGCUGCCAGGUUUUAGAGGCGGAAACAUUUAAAUGUGUUUCAUGCAAUCGACUUGGUCAGCAUUCCUGUCUCCGUUGUAAGGCUUGUUUCUGCGAUGAUCAUACAAGGAGUAAGGUGUUUAAGCAAGAAAAAGGAAAACAGCCUCCCUGCCCAAAAUGUGGACAUGAAACUCAGGAAACUAAGGAUCUCAGCAUGUCAACACGCUCCCUGAAAUUUGGCAGGCAGACUGGAGGUGAAGAGGGAGAUGGAGCUUCUGGGUAUGAUGCCUAUUGGAAGAACCUUUCUUCUGAUAAGUAUGGUGAUAGCAGCUACCAUGAUGAAGAGGAAGAUGAGGAUGAAGCAGAGGAUGAUGAAGAGGAAGAUGAUGAAGUCGGAAAGGAUUCAGAUGCUGAGUCAUCAGAUUUGUUUACUAAUUUGAAUUUGGGAAGGACCUAUGCCAGUGGCUAUGCUCACUAUGAGGAACAAGAGAACUAGGAGAUCUACUUGCCUGUGCGUGACUGUGUCUGAGAGGAGCCAGGAUAUGUGUGCUGGAUGAGUUGGGUGUGGCUGUUCAGAAGUGCUGUGCAAAAGACUAGUCACCCUUAGAGGCGCAAGGAGUAGAGCAUAGCAUUUUUCUAGGAACUGAUAAUCAGGCUCAUAUGUGUUCCAAAUGUGAGAUGUGUAUUGAUCCAAGCAAUUGAAGCAUCAUGGAUUGGAUUUUUACUGAUUUCACUAAUCAGUAGGUUAUUGCCAAUUAGAUAGAUAUACGGGAUAAAAGAAUAGGAUGGUAAUAUAUUUGUUAGAAAUUAAAUUGCUGUUUUUAUUAAAACACUGCUUAUAUUCCUUUUGUCUGAUUUUGUAAAAUGUGAUGAGUAAAAUGAAUUACUGUAUUUUUCCUUGUAGGUCUGCAGGAUGAAAGGUGUUACAUUCUAAAUUUUCAUUAAAUAUUCAUGUUAUCUUAUGUAGUUGUGAAAUGUAUGUUUUAGCAAUUGACUCAUUUCAUUUUUUCUUCACAGUGUAUGCCCUGAAGAGUACUGUUAUUACCGCCUAAAUGUGUAGACCAAGGUGACUACAUAGCCACUUUUCAGAGACACAGGGACAGAAACAGUAUUACUACACAGAUGUCUUAGUAUUUCUCUUUGAAUAAAUAUAGUAUUUCACUUACA